GCACAGAACAGAGAAAGAGAGAGAGACACACAUCAGAACCAACUUACCUACUGAAAAACAAAAAUGAAGAUGCCACAGCUUCUCAUCCUCCUGAUGACCAUUUUGGUGCACGCAGCAACCGCUUUCCCCACGGAAAGAAGAGCUCUGCUGAGCCAGACCAAACACGCCUCCUGGGACGACAUGAACGUGGUGGCUCACGGCCUCCUGCAGCUGGGCCAGGGUCUGAAGGAGCACGUGGACAAGACCAAAGCCCAGAUGAGAGACAUCAAUGCCAAACUAAAGGCCUUCAACUGCACUGUGGCUGACCUGGAGAGGAGGCAGCAGGAGCAAGAUGAAGCUCUGAAGGCAAGAAGCAAAAAGGAGGAGGAGGAGAGGGAAUGGUUGGCCGAGGAGGUGAAGACACAGAGCGAGGGCAUCCACACCAGGAUAGACAGACUGGAGGAGAAGGUGGAUGAGGUGCUUAAAGAGCCAACAUUGAAAAGCAACAACAGCGAAAACACAAGAGUCUCAUUAAUCCAGAGACUGGUAGCAGCUCAGAACAGACGCAUUGACCAGCUGGUGGAGAAAAUGACGCAGCAGCAAGACAAACUGGAGAAACAGAGUCUGUACCUGCAAACACUACAGAGCAAGGUCGCACACAAGAGAGUAAAAUCACACCGACGGAGAGAUGAGGAGACGGCACUGAUGGGAGAGCCAGCAGAGAUCAUCAAAGACACAUCAGGUUUGGCCAGAGACUGUCACGACCUGUUUGUACGUGGGCAGCGAGCCAGCGGCGUCUACAGGAUCCAACCAGAGAGCUCCCAGCCCUUUAACGUCCUCUGUCAAAUGACUUCAGAAGGUGGAUGGACCGUUAUCCAGAAACGUCACGAUGGAUCCCAGGACUUCAACCAGCUGUGGGAAAGCUACAAGAGAGGUUUCGGCAACCUAAAUGGUGAGUUUUGGUUGGGCUUGGAGAACAUCCACUCUCUCUCCAAACAAGACCAGUACGUCCUGCAGGUGGAGAUCUCUGAUUGGGCAGGAGAGCGACAACAGGAGGCUCGGUAUCAACUACAACUUGACGGAGAAGAGAAGAAGUUCGCUCUUCACCUGGAAUCUUCAUCUGGGGUUCAGGAGAAAAUAAUGACAACCGGAGAAUCGGGUCUUCCUUUUUCUACAGCCGACAGAGACAACGACCUAGCUGCAGAUGUCAACUGUGCUGAACUGCUCUCAGGUGGUUGGUGGUUCAGUAGCUGUGGGGAAUCAAACCUUAAUGGUAAAUAUCCCAGAAGGCCGAGCUUGCUCAGGGGACAGCAAUCCAGAAGACAAGGGAUGUUUUGGACGUCCACAAACGGAAAAAACAACUCUGUAAAGACCACUCUUCUGAAAAUCGCACCCUCCACAAUAAAGCAAUAAGCAGAUCAGUCUGUCUCAAACAGCAGAGGACCAAAGAA